AUGUGUCCUGUUCUGAAUCUACAACAACGACAACGAAAUAGAGCGGCAACAUUGAAAUCGGCUUUGAAAUCUUGGCAUUUCCAUGCAACCAGUUUCGUUCGCAGGAACCAGGAUCCAGUGAAGAAAUUCAGAAUGUUGUCUGCACAAGGUUCAAAGCUGAAUUUCCAAUUUUCGAAAAGGUUGAAGUUAAUGGAAAGAAUGCAGACCCUCUUUACAACCUGCCAAGAAAUUUUUGCCUGCAAUUCAAGAGGCUAUGUACCAUAUCACAUGCUCCAAAUAUCACAGGCUAUAUAUUUCAGUGAUCACUCACACUAG